UUUGUAGUAGCUGUCUGUUGUUUGUGUGGUUUGUGUGGAGCCGGCGAAGCUACAGCAGUACUCUAUUUACGGUGUUUGCACCAGAAGCCUGCCAUCCUACAAAUCAGAUUUGAUAAAUGCAUGCAUAGUAGCUUUCGCACAUAGUAAGGAUGGAUGAUUCUGGAUCCGACACGGGUCCUUUCGCGCACAUAAUCAGAAAGAUUGAAAAACUCAUCAAACGCUAUGUGGAGGGCGAGUUGGCCAUCGAAAAUGUCGUACAGGGCAUACGAUCGAUCGCAAUACAAGAAAUAGACAAUCGGCGGCAGGCUGUCGACUUGGCCUCGAAGAAGAUUCUCUCAGUCCUCCUGCGUAUGGGAUUGAACAAGGACACAGCCAAUCACCUGAUUGACCUCUCCAUCACCCUGGCAAGGGAAUCCGACCUCUGCUCGGGCAGCCUGCCCGUGCUCCUGCUGUGUGAUGUCUUCGAUAGCCUGCCCCUCAACGAGAGUGAGGAGUUUUUCAGCCUUGUUGAAGAUAAAGUCAGCAUCUGGAAAGAGGAUCUAUUCUUCAAGUGUUGCAAGAACCAGCUGCUAAGGACAUGCAAUGACUUGCUCCGAAGGCUGUCAAGGUCACAGAACACGGUGUUUUGUGGAAAGAUCCUUGUCUUUUUGGCAAAGCUGUUUCCUCUUUCGGAACGUUCUGGUUUGAACAUAGCCAGUGAGUUCAAUGCCGAGAACAUCACAUUGUUCAGCUCAGAGGACUACAAAGGGCUCUCAGAUGAGAGUUCUUACCAUGAGGAUUCUGAAGAAGGAUCGACCAGUUCCGUGCCUGUUGACUACAACCUGUACCGCAAGUUCUGGUCACUGCAGGAAUACUUCCGGCAGCCUCUCCUGUGCUACAGCAAAGUCCACUGGCGGCAGUUCACCUCGUACUCGGCAGACGUGCUGUCAGUGUUUGGCAGCUUCAAGCUGGAUGACAUUAAGACGGCACAGUGGACACUACCAGGCAGCUCAAGCAGUCCAUCCGGGAAGUCGGUGUACUUUGCCAAGUACUUGACCAGCCAGAAGCUGCUGGAGCUGGAGCUGAGCGACAGCAACUUCCGGCGCUACGUCCUGGUGCAAUUCCUCAUCCUCUUCCAGUACCUGCAGUCUACUGUGCGCUUCAAGCUAGACUCGCACAUUCUAACAGAGGAACAGUCUGCCUGGGUGAAGAACACCCUGACACAGGUUUACAAACUGCUUGAGGAGACCCCACCUGAUGGUGCCGGCUUUGCCACUCGCAUCAAGCACAUUCUUCAGAGAGAGGAGUCAUGGAAUGCGUGGAAAAAUGAAGGCUGCCCAGACUUUAAGGAAGCCCGGCCCGUGGAACAAAUGCGAGAAGUUAGGCUCAAGAGGAAACUUGGCGAUGAGGUGAAAGCAGCACUGGCCGGCAAGAGAGUUGUGCUUGGCGACACUGAGAUGAACCGGCUGUGGAACCUGUGCCCGGACAACUGGGAAGCAUGCUCAUCACCUAAGCGGGACUUUGUUCCUAGCUUGGAAAAGUUCUUUGACAUCACGGCGGACCAAGGUGACCCUGUUGCUGGUGCCAAGAGCCGAGCCAAGAUCAUAUACCAGAGCAAUUCGGGCUGGCGGGCUUUACGCCUGCUGUCGCAGAAGUCACCACACUUCUUCACAAGCAGCAACCAGCCUAUCAAGAGCCUGCCGCUCUACCUGGAAUCUAUGGUGAUGCGCCUGGCCAAGGAGUUGCCUGUCAAUACGCAGAAUUCAGCCCCGUCCCAGGCAGCUGAUGAGAAGACAGACAUGGCUGACUAUGGAGACAGCGAAGAUGAGCUGCUCAAGAAUCACGAUGAAAGCAAGGAGGCAUCUCGGGACACAGCACUAUCUGGCACCGGUGCGGGUGGAAAUUGUGGUGGCAGCGAGCCAAAGGACAUGCUUGGCAAAGACGAACUGGCGGCACUGGCCGGGGCGCUGGGCGCCGACUGGAAGAAGCUGGCACCACUGCUGAGCUUCGGUGAAGACGAGAUCAUGUAUAUCGCCUCUGAGCACGAGGGUGACGCGGCGAAGCAAGCUUACCAGGCACUGCUUGUCUGGCUAGAGCAGGAACCUGAGCAGGCGACUCACGGCAACCUUCUGCAACUGGCCGCUAGGGCGGGGCUCAAGGGCAAGAUGAUGUCGCUCUUAGCUGCAGAAGCACAAUAAAAGAAAAAGGCAAA